AUGCUGUUAAUCCUGUCCUUCAUCAUCCUGAGCGUUGUUGGAUAUCCUGAGCUGCAAUCUAAUGAAACCGCGGCGGUGCGGGCGAUUGCUAUGAGAACACAGAGGGAUGUGAUGAGAAAUAACAGUAUGUUGGACACUGCUGUUUACGGCAUCGACCUCAACAAAAUUGUUUUCGAUCAAUUUGGAUACAAUUCCUCAUCGGUUCCUGUUUUCCAAGAUAUCCUAUACACUGGAGUACAAGCUCUGGUUUUAGACCUUUACUACAACGAAGAUCUGGAAGACUGGGGCCUGUGCGAUCUGAGCCUGAAUCAAACAAAUUUGGGUUGCCAAGACCCAAACACUUUCAAUAUUUCAACUGUGGUGACAUCAAUAAAUACCGUCUUGGAGAACACAAAUACUGGAGUCAACAAGAACAUAUUCUUCUUGCUGUUGAAUCUCUUUUCAACCUUCAAUAAGGAGUCGAGGUUCCGCACAGGAAUUGGGGUACUGUCAUCCCCACUAGCAGGUCUCUUAUACGCCAGCAGUCCAAGUCGCUUGGAAGAGCAAGAUACUAUCAACCUCAAUAACUUUCUCUUUGGGGACAAAUACAGAGUCAUACCAGUGAUCUUGUCCAAUAAUCUUUAUGUCAACACUUCUUACAAACUAGACCCUGAUCUUGAUACGCUUUAUAAAGCAAACACAAGUAUUCCCAUCACGUAUACUGCAAACGACAAUUUGAUAUGUUCGGAACCAAAAUCGUUUCAAUUUGCAUACGACUCUCCAGCGAACCCGUACGAUACCAAGUCAUUCCACGAUACCCUUGUCUGUGGUUAUUCCCCUAUUAUCAGUCAGAGCACCCAAGAUUUAUCUCAGAUAUCAAGUUUGUUACCGUACAGUUUGUGGUCUUGGGAUGCAUUCCAACCAAAUCUGACAAUAUCGUCGUCGCUGAAAAGAAAGAACGAUUCCUCCAAAGCUAAGAAAGACACUUAUUUGAACAGAUGUGGCAUAGUUACUCCCACAGGAUGGAAGGCUACAUCGUGCCAUUUAAAGUUUCAAGUGGCAUGCGCGGACCGCUCGGACUCUACGAAAUUCCAGCUCACUUCUGAGAAAUUCACCUAUUUUGAAGCCGGUGCGGCAUGCUUACAAUUAGGUGGAGAUUAUGUUUUCACCGUUCCUUCUUCACCCUUGGAACAGCGCACCCUCAUUAAUCUUUUAGAGGGUAAAGAAGCAGCUUGGAUUGACAUGAACUCGCUCUCUAGCUCAAAUUGCUGGGUCAAUGGAGGACCAAAUGCUGUCUGUCCAUACCAACCUCUUGUUUCCAAGACCAUCUUCAAUGAGAUGAUGACUAUUGCAUGUGUGGUAGCUGUCAUUAUUUUUUUGCUUAUUCUCAUUGUUCAUAUGGACAGACUACUAGUGCAUCGCAAUAGAAGCCAUUGGCGUCGACUGCUCAAACAGAAGCUGAAAAACGAAUUCGAAGGGAUUCCCUCGUGA